UCUAUCGCAUAUUUUCUUUCCUUGCAAGUUAUCCCUCCUUUGACGCAGAAAACCUAGCGGACGGCGGCUGUUCGACGGAGAGGACCUCUGCGAACGAACCACCCCCUUGGCCUUUACCGUCAUCGGAUUCCCGAUACGAUCUCGCAUCGCAUCAUCUGGUGCUUUCUACCAGUUCUCAUACUCCCUACCGUGUGCGAUGGCUUCAGGCAAAUCUGCGGCGAGCAGGACGGACACCAUCAGCACCACACUCGACGACGUCAUCACUGGUGGUCACUCAACCGCCGUUGUCGGCGAUUAUGUUACAGUUAGAGCAUCUGACGCGGUCAGCGUAAUUCGUUCACGAAUGGAUGUGAGCGAGCCCCUGGAAAUGUUUCCAGGGUGGCCGCCACCAGCCCCUCCGUUCGGCACUCAGCUAUCCACCCUUAGUUCGGCCCCUAUGCCAAUCUUCACCUAUACGCCGACACCGACAGUCAGCCAAUCUGUUCCGAUUCCAUCUGGUUUCUCGUCGACACCGACACCCUCUUUCGGAUUGGUGUCUACUCUGCCACACACCAUAGGCGCUUUUUUCUCCUCAACGGUGCCUCAGACUGUGCCGGGAAUGGGGUUUUCUGAAUCCACGACCAUGACAACGAGAUUGCCGCAGUAUCAGCAAGACUUGAGCAUCAAUCGCGUUCCGAAUCGCCCACUGUUGCGCCGGCCUCAUAUGGUUAACCCAUUGUCGUGUUUGGGUCCCCCCGACAUCCGCCAUACCGGUAGCCACAAUUUUCAGGAUCCUCACUCUCGUUCGGGUGUCAAAAUGAAGCCUCCUUGUUUCGAUGGCACAAAGGUGAAUAAUUGGAUUCGGGGCAUCCAAUUUUAUUUUGACCACAUUGGCACACCGGAAAACCAGUGCUUGCACUACGUCAUCGCUCUUUUAGACCCCGUGGUUGCCGACUGGAUUUGGAAUUACUGCUCCAGUCACGAGCAUAUUACGUGGUUUGACUUCUUGGAUGACGUUCGUCGACGGUUCAACCCUCAGUGCUAUACGAGUCAUAUUGGCUUGAUCAAAAAGCUCCAUCAAACAGCUGGACUAAAACAACCUGUGCAAGACGAGGUGCUUCUCCAUCAACCGCUGACCCCGGCGGCAGCUUUCACCUUGGCGGUACAGAUCGCAGGGUGUCACCGGGACUUGGCGCAGCCAGCGCCCAGCGCGAGCCGCAGACCGUGGCAGCAACGCGACUCUCGUCCUGGGGCCAUUUUUACCACUCCAUCGGGUCCUAGCCAGGCAUCGCCGGCUACCCAGGUCCGCCAGGGACCGCCACCACCGCGACCAGAGGGCUCUAAGACAUCGAUUAUUUGGCUCUCCGCCGCUGAGAAAGCGGAAUGAAGGCGGCUGGACCUCUGCUACUAUUGCCCGGAAAAAUGGGUUGCGGGCCAUGUGUGCAAGCAUCGCUUCCUAGCUUAUGUGGGUGUUGAGGAUGAUGAGGAUGAUCCAGUCGAGGAAGGUGACCCCCCGAUUAACGAUGAGGUGAUCACAUCCGACCUUUCUUACAUGCACACUAUUGACGGGAGACGGCGUUCGAAGUCCAUUAUUUUGGUAGGCACAAUUGGUGCUGAAAGCGUACAGAUCUUGGUGGAUACGGGCAGCUCCCAUGAUUUCCUCCACCCAUGAGUGGCGGAGAAACUCCAAUUGCCUCUUACAGCAGUGAAGUCGUUCCGUGUUUAUGUGGGGAAUGAUGAAUCGUUAUUGUGUUCCCACAUGUCUAAGGCCACCACGUUUAAUAUGCAAGGAACAUUGUUCCAUGUAGACCUUCAUAUAUUGCCGAUUCACGGCCUUGAUGUAGUUUUGGGUAUGGAGUGGCUGGAGUCGUUGGGUCGUGUGACUACCGAUUUUCUCAACAAGUCGAUGGAGUUUGUCCGGGGUGACGAACGGGUGGUCCUCACUGGCAUGGCGCAGCCCCCGCGGCAGAUCUCCCUCCAUUCGCUGGCCUCGUUGGUUUCGAAGGCCUCUUUUUUCGAACUAUAUGAGGUAGUCCAGCUCUCUCUUCAGCAGGAUUCAAAGUCCACAACAGUGAUCUUUCCGGACGACCUCCCACAGGCGAUCAGCGCGGUAUUGCAGGAGCAUGAGGAAGUUUUUCAAUUGCCAAGUGGCCUUCCACCGGCCAGACAGUUUGAUCAUCGCAUACACCUUUUCCCAAACUCAAAGCCGAUAAAUGUUCGACCAUACCGAUAUCCUUAUUUCCAGAAGAAUGAAAUUGAGAAGCAGGUGAAGGAAAUGCUUGAUCAGGGUGUCAUCCAACGCAGUCAUAGCCCAUUUUUUUUCUCCACGCGGAUCAUGGCUCACAGCCGUUGGAUGAGUGUUGUGUUUGUUAAGUGAGAGAGACCGGUUAGUCUUCUCUGUAUUCGAUACUCUCUCUCUCUCUUGUUCCAGAAACCGUCUUCUUCUCUCUCCCUUCUCUCUAAGAUUCCGGCGAACCUAGCCGGAGUUCUCCUUCGAGCUUUCUGUUCCACCGAUGAUUCUCAGUUCCUAAGAGUUCUACCGGUGUAGAUUGAGUGUUAGGCAACUUCUUCGGUUUCCUUCUCUUUCUAGGGUUUGGUCUUUAAGUCUGUGACCAAUCCCGAAGUGCUUGGAGUGUGUGGUGAGGGGUCUUGUGUUCUUGGUUGUGUUCUGGGGUUGUGUGGGUGAGUCCGCGUGUGAGACAGCCGUGGUGUGCGUUGGCCGGUGAGAUCUAGGGUUCCACUG